AUGAUAACCAAUUUUAACGGAAAUGAAAAUAAAAAAAAAGUUUUAAUAUCAUUCGAUUCAUUCAAAGAUUGUUUAAGUUCAUUCGAAAUUGGAAAGUGUGCUGAUAAAUCAUUAAAAGAAAAAUAUAGUGGUGGUAGUGGUAGUGAUGAAAAACAGAUUGAAACAGAAAUUUUAAAAAUUAGUGAUGGUGGUGAAGCAUUACUCGAAUGUUUAGAAUCAAGUUUAGGUUUAAAGUUGGUUGAAAUUGAUACUAAGGAAUAUUCAAUAAUUGGACCAUUAGGAACUCAAAUUGAAAAACCAUUUGUUCAUUAUGCAGUAAAUGAACAAGAGAAAUAUGCAGUCAUUGAAAUGGCAGAAGUUAGUGGUAUUCAAUUGGUUCCAACCUCAAAACGUAAUCCAUUCAAUACUACUACCUAUGGUACAGGUCAAUUAAUCAAACAUGCCAUCGAAAUUGGUGGUUAUAAAACAAUUUAUAUUGGUGCAGGUGGUUCUGCAACAAAUGAUGCUGGUUUAGGUGCAUUACAAUCUUUAGAUGUGAUCGAUAUUAUUUAUAAUAAUAAUAAUAAUAAUAAUAAUAAUAAUAAUAAUAAUAAUAAUAAUAAUAAUAAUAAUGAAAAUAAUAAUAUAUUAUUUGGUAAAGAUUUAAAUAAAAUUAAAGAAAUUAAAAUAAAGAAUAAAUUUAAAUUUAAAGAUGUUUUAUUUUAUUUUUUAACAGAUGUUAGAAAUGUAAUGAUUGGAGAGAAGGGUGCAGUUUAUAGUUUCUCUGAACAAAAAGGAGCGAAAACAAAAGAGGAUAAAGAAAUAUUAGAGAAAGGAAUGAUCAAUGUUUUAAAUCAUUUACCAGUGGAUAUAUCAAUGAUUGAAGGCUCUGGUGCUGCUGGUGGUUUACCAAGUAGUUUUCUUUCAAUUUUCAAUGAAUCAACUCAAAUCAUUAAUGGCAUGGAUUUCGUUUGUAAAUCCUAUGGUUUAGAUGAGAAGUUUCAAUCAAAUCAAAUUAAACUUAUAAUCACAGGUGAAGGUUGUUUUGAUGAAACUACUUUAGAUGGUAAAGUUGUUUCAAAAAUGUAUUAUUACUCAAAAACAUUCAAUUGCAAGUUAUUAAUUAUAUGUGGUAAAAAUAAUUUAUUAAAAUCAUCAUCAUCAUCAUCAUCAGCAUCCAAUUCAUUCCCAAAUGAUUCAAAUAUUCAAAUCUAUGAUUUAGUUUCACUAUUUGGUAUUGAAAACUCAUUAAAUAAUACCAAACAUUGUAUUGAAACACUAUUUAAACAAAAUGAAAAUUUAACAAUGUUUUUAAAUAAAAUUAUAUUAUCAUAA